AGAUCCACGUUGUCCACCAGUCCUGGAGCAGCUUGCAGGAGCCGGGCUUUCUACGGGCCAGCUUGGGACCCUCGAGGCCAAAUGUCUUCACCUGCUGUGAAAUCUGGAAAGAUAAGUGCUUACGCAGCGGUUAAAGUUGACCCCGAGAGCGACUAUUGUACGCCGGGAGCCUUUGACCUGGAGCGGCUCUUCUGGAAAGGAAGCCCCAAAUACACGCAUGUCAACGAAGUCUGGCCCGGCCUCCACAUAGGAGACGAGAAAACAGCCCUUGAUCGGUACAGCCUUGAGAAAGCCGGCUUCACCCAUGUCCUCAACGCAGCCCACGGACGGUGGAAUGUGGACACGGGGCCCAGCUACUACGAGGACAUGGCCAUUCAGUACCACGGAGUGGAGGCAGACGACUUGCCCACCUUCAAUCUGAGCCAGUUCUUCUACCCUGCGGCCGAGUUCAUCCACCAAGCCCUCCAGGAUGAGACCAACAAGAUCCUGGUCCAUUGCGCCAUGGGGCGCAGCCGCUCGGCAGCCUUGGUCUUAGCCUACCUGAUGAUUUACCAGCACAUGACUGUGGUUGAUGCCAUCGGCCAGGUGCUCAAGCACAGGUGCAUCCUCCCAAACCGUGGGUUCCUGAAACAGCUCCGAGAACUGGACAUAAAGCUGGCCUUGGAAAGGAGAAACGGUGCCCGCAGGCUCAGCACGAGCAAAGAGAAGGCCAACCCAGAGAUUUAACAUUCCCCGUUUCUUUGAAAAUAAGUAGUACAAAAUAAUCAAGGACUGUGAAACAAUUAGGUAGAGAGAGUCUCGUUUGUUACCCACCAAGGAAGGAACGAGGCGGGAGCGGAUGGGGGGGGAUAUAGUAGGUAGCCCUUCAAAAAUGUCUCAAGUUAGUUUCAGUUCGAUUAUAUGCAGAGAAGGAAGGAUGGAGGCAACCUUUCAAUAGGGACCUUGGAGAAGAUGAGGAAGCCAGCUCUUCCACAGGCAAGGAGAAGGGAAAGCAGCAAGGAAAUCUGAUGAGGAUACUGUAUUAAACCAGCUGGGGUACCACAGUGUGCAGAAAGAGAAUAUAUACACUGUGUAGCUCUGGGUCAAACUGUGGAGCCCUGGGGACUUUCUGGCUUUGC